UGUUGGUGAAGGCGAUCGUCCGCGCCGGGAGCUCCAGGACCGUUGGCUCUGCGGGCCUGAACCCGCCAUAUUAAUAAAGAGAAAGGGGAGUGGACCCUCCCUCCCUGCCCUGUAGUGUGCACGCCCCUCUUCCCGCCCGGCUGGCAGCGCCUGGUCGCCGGCCUCGUUCGCCUUUGCGCGGUGACAGCGGCUUUCGCGGGGCUGCGCCGAAUGAGGGGCCGGGGGCAAUGCCGACCAAUUGCGCCGCGGCGGGCUGCGCUGCCACCUACAACAAGCACAUUAACAUCAGCUUCCACAGGUUUCCUUUGGAUCCUAAAAGAAGAAAAGAAUGGGUUCGCCUGGUUAGGCGCAAAAAUUUUGUGCCAGGAAAACACACUUUUCUUUGUUCAAAGCACUUUGAAGCCUCCUGUUUUGAUCUAACAGGACAAACUCGACGACUUAAAAUGGAUGCUGUUCCAACCAUUUUUGAUUUCUGUACCCAUAUAAAGUCUAUGAAACUCAAGUCAAGGAAUCUUUUGAAGAAAAAUGACAGUUUUCCUCCAACUGGACCGUGGAAUUUAAAGUCGAACAGCCAACAAGUACUACUCGAACACAGUUAUGCCUUUAGGAACCCCAUGGAGGCGAAAAAAAGGAUAAUUAAACUAGAGAAAGAAAUAGCAAGCUUAAGAAGGAAAAUGAAAACUUGCCUACAAAGAGAACGCAGAGCAACUCAAAGAUGGAUCAAAGCCACGUGCUUGGUGAAGAGUUUAGAAGCCAGUAACAUGCUACCCAAGGGCCUCUCCGAACACAUUUUACCCACGGCCUUACAUGAUCUUCCUUUGGAAGACUUCAAACUUCUCCAACAAGAUCAACAAGGUAAACCAUUACCAGUUCUCUAAGUGUAAACUAGACAAGAUCUGCACCCAGGUUUUCCUUCCACAGAACCUGAUGCCCUUCUUCCCCUCUUCCCACCAUCGAAGAGACAGGGCAGUUGUACUAAAAUCACGUUCUUAAGGUUUUACUUGAAGUAACAAUCACUGUAUAACUUGCAGAGACUUGAGUCUAAGACAAAUGGGAAAAAGUAACGACAGCUUUGAGAACGCGUAGAAGUGCCUUACACGAGGACUAUGUGCUUAGACGAUGUCUAGGAAACACUGUGGAGUGUUUCUGCUUGUGUUUUCUAAACUGCUGUCAAACAGGAAUGACAAGCGAGACGUUCCUAUGAGGAAAAACAUUCUACACCAAAGUUGGGAUACUACAUUCUAAAGAAUAUGCGAGGUGGGAGCUAAUCAUUAAAUGUGAACUUAAAACCACUGGAUUUUGUAUUAAUUAAAUUAUUGGGAUUGUGGUCGAACAUUUUUAGAAUAAGACCUCUGGGGUACAGGGCAAUUUUUUUUCUUUUUUAACUUUGUAUUUUUUUUAAACUAGUCAAAAUAAGCUUAUCAUGGUUUCCUUAUAGGAACCAUUGAACUUAAAAGUAGGUUGUAAAAUAAUUUGAAAAUAAUAUUUUGAAUGUGAAAUGCCUUUGAGACUCCAAGCUAGGUGAGGCCUCAAGUACCUCAGACUGAGAAAAACUGGUGAGUUAUAACUCAGCUUCUAAGAAAAUAAUGCAGAAUUUAAGAUCUAGCUUUUACUUUACCAAACUAAUAGAUAAGUGCAAAUGAUCCUUUUUAUAAUAAAAGUACUGAAUUUCCAUCUUCAUAGCUGAUAAAUUAACUCCUCAUAUUUCUCUCUGCUUUUUUUUUUUUU